AUGGCAAUGGCAAAUGACAAAACACUAUGUUUCAUAUGUAAUGAAAACAAAAUAACAUAUCCUUGUAAAGGAUGUUCAAAUGAGUUUUGUUUACUGGAUUUAACCGAACAUCGCCAAAUAUUAACUAAUGAAUUACAUCAUAUCACCAAUCAAUAUAAUGAAUUUAAACAAACAAUUAAUAAACAAAAACAAGAUUCACAAAAUUUCUCAUCAAUAGAACAAAUUAAUCAAUGGGAAAUGGAAUCAAUUGAGAAAAUUCAACAAAAAGCACAAGAGUACAGAGAAAUUAUUACUAAAUCAUCACAAACGUGUAUUAAUGAUAUUGAAAUGAAAUUAAAAGAUUUGAAUGAACAAAUAAAACAAAUGCAAAUAGCAAACGAAUUUAAUGAAACCGGUUUAAAUUAUUUAAGAAAUCAACUAAUAGAAAUUAAAGAACAAUUAAACAAUCCAUCGGAUAUUUCAAUUAUUUCGUCAAAAACUGGUGGAUACGGACGUGGACGAGGACAACGAUUAAACCAACUCAAUGGCCCUGUUGGAAUCUUUAUUGAUGACAAGAAAAAUAUUUUCAUCGCUAAUUCUUAUAAUCAACGCAUUGUUGAACGGAAAUAUAAUGCAAAUGAAGGACAAAUUGUUGUAGGUGGAAAUGGUCAAGAAAAUCAAUUAACUCAGUUGUAUAGUCCAUGUGGUUUAUCUUUUGAUCAUGAAAGCAAUAUUUAUAUUGCUGAUUUUGCAAGCAAUCGCAUUCAAAAAUUUGAUGUACUUGUUUAA